GAAAAAAACAUUUCUUUGGCUCAAUGAAAUUUCAGUUUCACUUUCCCCACAUUUUUGAAAAUCGAGUUUGAAGUACGCAGAAGGCGAAAACCCGGUACGCGAAUGUGAUUCGGACGUAUGUUUUAAAUGGAACGUUGGAUAGACCUUGGAUCAAGGCUUAAGCAUCUGCUGUAGUAUUGAUUAGUAGAAGAAAUUUGAAAUGAUAUUUUUAAUUCAUUAAAGUGGGAGGCUCGUCUAUUUGAAUCCAUGCUACGGCAACUCAGGCCGAGCAGCCUUUCCCCGCCGGCUCCCCGACGUGCUGCCCGCGCAUGGACCGCCGCCGCUCGUCGCAGCCGUCGACGCGCAGCUCGCUGUGCGGCGGCGUCGGCGGCUGCGACAUCUGCCGCAUCUGCCACUGCGAGGGCGAGCCCGAGAUGCCCCUCAUCUCGCCCUGCUUCUGCGCCGGCUCGCUGCGCUGGGUGCACCAGGCCUGCCUCCAGCAGUGGAUCAAGAGCUCCGACACACGCUGCUGCGAGCUCUGCAAGUUUCAGUUCAUCAUGCACACCAAGAUCAAACCUUUUCGGAAGUGGGAGAAGCUCGAGAUGUCUCCGGUGGAGCAGCGCAAGGUUCUCUGCUCCAUAACAUUCCACGUGGUAGCCAUCACGUGCGUGGUCUGGUCCCUGUAUGUGCUGAUAGACCGCACCGCAGAGGAAAUGCGGUCAGGCGUGCUGGAGUGGCCCUUCUGGACUAAGCUGAUCGUCGUGGCCAUCGGGUUCACGGGAGGACUCGUCUUCAUGUACGUCCAGUGCAAAAUGUACGUGCAACUGUUCAGGCGGUGGCGCGCCUUCAAUCGCAUCAUCUACGUGCAGAACGCGCCAGAGAAAGGCCAGCAGCAGGCCGUAUACUCUGCGGCCGCGGAACUCACGGCCAACGUCCUCAUGGCCAACAGCAAGUCGGACUCGGGCGAGAAGCGCUUCUCGCCCGCCGAGGAGGACGAGUUCCACAGCUGCCAGAGCGGCAGCAGCAGCAGCAGCGAGGGGUCCGGCAGCGUCCACGAGACGGACGCCGUAUUGCCGGACGGAGGACGCCAGGCCGUCGAGACUGGAUCCAACAAGACGACCCUGACGUCCGUGACGGACGGCGUCGAGCAUCCACUCAGCGAGGUGGUGGUCCUGUCGUCUUCAGAGCAGCAGAAUCUUCCAGCGUCCCCCGGAGACGACCGGACCUCCCCGAGAGACGCCUUCCUAAGCAACAAACAACAGACCGCUAGCUGAGAGGAGGGUGCUGAUGCGGACGCCUCCGCAAUCUCGAAGGCCGGACGAAUCGUGCUGACGUCACGUUCCAGCGAAUUUCCCGCGGUGAAAGAACAAUCGCAGCAAGGGAAUUAAUUCAUCGGAUAAGUUCAGCAAGGUAGCUCGGCCUUCUAAGUUCUGGAGGUGAUGUAUGGUAGCAUCCAAAAGUUUAGUGUUGACUGUCUGGCUGUUUGGUUUGUGUCUCACGUUGACGACUGGCUUUCCGGCAACUAGCUUUUUCGACAAUACAUUCCUGUUUAAAAUUUUGAACAUGCAUUCGGCAUCACUGGCUAAAUAUUAGUUGGAAGAAAUUUCUCUCCCUUAAAUUAAAUGUACUACUCACAACAGUUUAUUUGGACUGAAAUUAUUUCAUAUAUAUUGUGAUUUUAGCAGUACCAUAAGCUGACAAUUACUGAAAAUUCCUUAACCAAAUA